AUGGAGGGCACUCGUAGUGGGAGAGGCCGUGGCCGCAGCGUUAGGCAACCUACAACUGAUGAGGGUACUAGGGAUACCACGAUUGAACCAAAUCCUGAACCUAGGGUUGACCCUAGUGCCCAAAUAGGUGCUGCUAUGCAGCAAAUGACUGACCUGUUAGAUCACGUAGUGCAACAGCAGGGCCAACCUCCUAUCCAGCAACCUGGGAACCCUGGCCAUGUAGUAGAGAGUGAAGAUCGGGCCCUAGAGAGAUUUCAGAAGUUCUCUCCGCCAAAAUUUCUGGGCGGGCCAGAUCCGGAUGUGGCGGAAAAAUGGUUAGAGAAAAUGAUUGAUAUUUUUGCCGCCCUACACUAUUCAAAGGAGAGGCAGGUUACUUUCGCUGUCUUCCAAUUGGAAGGGGCCGCACGUUCUUGGUGGAACGUGAUACGAAUGAAGUGGGACCGGAAACAAACACCAAGAACAUGGGUAAACUUUGUGAGGGACUUCAAUGCGAAAUACUUUCCCCCUCUAGUCCAGGAAAAGAAGGAGGACGAGUUCAUUAGACUCCGUCAGGGGACGCAAUCGGUGGCUGAGUACGAGAGCCAGUUUACUCGUUUAUCUAAGUUCGCCCCUGAACUCAUUCUGACGGAGCAAAGGAGAGUUAGGCGUUUUAUUCAAGGGCUCAAUGUGGAAAUUCAAAAGGAUCUGGCGGUAGCCCAGAUCAAUACCUUUAGUGACGCCAUGGAGAAAGCUUUGCGA